AUGAUCGAGAUACUGGAGGCAUCCCAUGGAGGAGCAACGACGCUACAUACCCAGCUGAGCGACUACGAGACACUCGACCAGCUCAUCACAGACGCGUCGGUCAGCACGAGUAUAGCCCCCGAGAAUGUGCUGCUGUUCAUGGAAGACGGAAGGGAGUUGAAGGACGAGGUGUUGCAGGAGGUGUAUGAGCGGGGUGGCGAAGGUGGGCAAUCCGAUGCUCCACCUCAGCAACUAUUCCUCUUCAACCGCGCCACCUUCUACGCGGAAUCGCCAGAGACCUGGGCGGUGCAAUAUCAAGAAGACCUCGCUCUCCCCCCGCUUCUGAACCUCUCCGCCAUCUCGGACCUCGGCCAAGCUCAACUCCCAUUCGUCCUCGCCUCAGAGCAUCUCCAGCACCUCAUCUCCCUCUUCUACGCUCAAGCUCGCUCGCUCGCUAUCGCCUACACCAGCUUAGCCUCGCAUCUCCAACCCCUUCUGCGCGAAUUCGACGAGUUCCAAGAGCGCGCCAAAGAUCAGCUGGACAAUGAAGAUCGGCUCAUUCGGUCUUCGAAAGCAGACAUGGUGAUGCUCCCGAGGAUCGUGGUACAUGAUGCUUUCAAUAAGAAGAAGGAGCGGAGGGAUAGCUCGGACGGAGCUGCGGAGGCGGUGAGGACCAUGGCGAGCUAUGUGAAUCCAGUCAAGAUGCAGCAGGUUAGGGAGAGCUGUCAAGCAUCACACGCAACGCAUAUCAAGCAGUUCGACAAGCUCGCAAGCCAGGUCGGAGAUCUAGCUCUUCAAUCCGAGGCGGAACGGCGAGCGUCCGAGGAGCGAGCCCAGCAGGUCGCUGAUGAGCUGGAGGAAGGGGUGCAGCGAUUCCAAAUGGCCAUAUCUCAGCUGGAGGUGCUGUUCCAGAACGAUACACCAUCGUUGAGUCAAGAUCUGAUGGAAUUGGACGCUGCGAUGCGGGAAGACCUGACAAUCCUCACAAAUGUCAAGAACGACUACACGCUAGAACUUCACAUUCACCUACGCCAAGUUGCAGACUUUCAAAUACGGAUCGCCGAGCUCGUCACCCCAAUCCAAACCCUCGAUGUCGAUCUCAAAUCCCAAGCUGCCUUUCCUCAUCUGCAGCGACUCCAUCUCCUCCCCUUUGCAUACGCUGCAACCGUCAUCGAGGUCGUCCGGCGGAAAGAGUUCGCCCUUGCUCUCAAGGCAUGGACAGAUCGGCUUUCGGCGACUUUUGCGACGUUUGCGGAGAGAGAAGGAGCGAGGCGGAGGGAGAUACGAACGGAAGUGACGUCACAGUUGCCCUUCGUUGUUGGUGCACUGGAUGAGGUACCACUCAAGUUGGAGCUAAGCGUGGUGGACGGAGCGGAACCUUUGAGCGGUAUUGCCAUCACAAAGGCGGAUAUCGAAGGUCUGACGAGAUGGAUACAGACGCUCAAGGAUGAUGGCGAGCUACAAGCUGCAAUUCUGGAUGAAGAGUCAGAUCCGAUCCCAUUCCUCGAGCACGGCGUUUCGGACCUUAUCGCCAAGAUGGACGAGGCGUCAUCCGAACUGGACCAGAUGAUUGAGCGGUCAGUCCUGCUGCAUCGAUCAAGACAUGGUCACAACACUCAGGACGUCCGAGAUCGGCUCGGCGUCCUCUCCAACGAGAACGAAGUACUCAGACGCCAGCUCGCAGAUCGACAGAACGACCACCAGACCCGUGUCCGCCAUAUGGAAGACACGCAUGAGCAGCGGACUCGGAGUUUGCAAACUCGGCAGGCGGAGUUGCAGGACGAGCUAGUCCGGCUCCGGACGGAUCUGGAGGAGGAGAUGAUGGCUCGCCAGGCUCUUUCGACGGAGUUGAACGAGCGGGCACGGGAGCAAGAGCAUCAGAUCGACCAGUCCGAGGUGAUCUCGGCGCUGCAGGCGGAUCUGUCGCAGGAGAAGGACCGGACGACGGACCUAGGUGUUCGGCUACAGGAGGCUCUGCUCGAUAUCGACGGCCUGCGGAGCUCGGAGGCUUCGCUCCAGUCGCAGGUCCAGUCCAUGCAGGACGAGCGGUCCAAGCUACUCCAAACGGUCAGCGAUGCGCAGAACGGGUCGCGGCAACUCGAAUCUCAGCUGGCGGGGCUGAAGGCCGAGCUGGAAGCGACCACGACGCAACUCGGCCAGGCGCGGACCGAACGCGAUACCGCGCUGAAGAAUCAGUCGGCGGAGGCUGAACGGCUUAUGCGGGACCAUAUCGCCGAGGCGGACGGGGAUCGGGCUGUACUGGAGCAUCAAAACCUGACGCUCAGUAAGCAAGUCGAGGAUAUCCGGAUCGAAAUGGAGGAGAAGAUCACGGCGGCGAGGAAUAUGGCCACUCGGACGGCGGACGGAUUGAAGGCGGAGCUGAGCUUUACCAAGGCGCAGCUGAGGGAUGUGCAGCGGAAGGAGACCAUCUUGGCGGAUGAGCUGGCGAUAGCGAAGGAUGCGGCGCAGGCAAUGACGCAGAAGGAUGCGCAUCAGGCGGAUGUAGCGAGGGACGCGGUGGCGCUUGUGGCCAAGUAUCACGAUACUUGCCAGCGCAUCGUUUCUACUAUCCAUGCGUCGAGCACCAUAUCUGCCUCUACCAAUCUCACCCUGCCGAAGGUGGCCGCAGUACCCCUCACGCCGGCCGAGACGGACGGGGACAAGGACAAGCCUAUGCGCGACUCGGUCCUCGGUCGGUCUCUCGCCACGGCGACCAACUUUGACCUCGACAACUUUGCCGACGCCGUCAACAAGACCAUCUCGCUGGUCAAAAAGCUCAACAAGAGCUGUCGUCACUACCGCGAUCACGCCAAAAACAAGAUUUCGUUUACCGCCUUCACGAAGGGCGAUCUGGCGCUCUUUCUGCCUACGCGGAACGCGACGACGCGUCCGUGGAUGGCGUACAAUGUGUCGGCGCCACAUCACUUCUUGAAGGUGCCGGGGGAUAAGGUGGAGGCGUGGAAGAAGAGGGAUAGUAUCAUUGCGAGGAUUACGGGGACAGAGGAGGCUGUCGCGGGAGAUGUGAGUUAUGCGAGCCAUGGGUUGGACCAGGAGCAGAGCUGA